UACAACUCUUCCUACUCUCUAAAAUCUAAAUUCUCUAUUCUCUUAAUCUCUCAUACUCAAUCAUCUUCAUUCUUCAUCUUCUCCAAAUUCUUUCUACAUAUAUAUAAUUUAUAUAAUUAUUAUAUCUACUUAUAUAUUAUGCAUCAAUAUAUAAUGAAUUUCAUGCACAAUAUGGUAAUGCACCCCCUCCCAUGCAACGAACAUCUUCUUCAUCUAAAGGAAAAUCACUUUUAAAAUCCGCUUUUGGUUCUCUUUUGAAAAAAAGUAGAGCAACUCCCGCUACUGAACAAAGCACAGGUAACGAGCUUUCUUUGUAUCUAACAUUGAAUGUUGAUUAUGAAGUUGGUGAUGACUUUGACGUUCUUAAGUGGUGGAAGGAAAAUGAAAGAACAUUCCCGAUUUUAUCAAAGAUGGCUAAGCAAGUACUAGCAAUGCCGAUAUCAACCGUUGCCGUGGAACAAGAAUUCAGUGCGGCCGGCAACGUCCUAACCGAUUUUAGAACGAGGUUGAGCCCGAGCUCUCUUGAGACACUAGUUUGCUUUCACGAUUGGUUGAAGGCCCAACGAAGAACUCAAGAAAUUACCAUCACUCCCUCCCGCCACUUUAUGGAGGAAACAACCGAAGGCGGAGAGUCCGAUUGAUUUUUUAUUACGAAAUGUAUUACAUUUUUUAAAUUCAUCCUAAUUCUCAAUUGUACUUCUUAUUUGAAAUAAAUAUACUUCAAUUCGAAUAUAAUAUAUUG